CAACAAGUUGAACGUAGACCUGUAGUGUCCCGCGAUACCACAUCAUGGCAACGAAAUACGCAUUUGGAAACACACUCAAGGAGCUGAGGUUUCUCCUCUGCCAGACAUCGGAUCACAGUGCAGCUGCGAGAUCAUUUCUCACACGCACAUACCCUACCAUGAAGAAGCACAAUCCAAACACCCCAAUCAUGAUAAGAGAAGCUUCGGGCGUAGAGCCGAAAGUCUAUGCGCGCUACGAGUUUGGAAGAGAGAAGAUGCUGCCACUUACAGGCCUAGACGAUAAGACCAUCGAGCAAAAGGUUACGGAGCUGGUCCGGUCGAACGCCUAGACGGGGUUGACCAUAUGUCACUGUACUCACACCGACGCAUAGGCUUUGAGACGGCUUAGCUGUAUAUAUACCCCAAAAUACGAUCGAAUAUCCUGGCAUCAACACGUUUCUCAAGGG